AUGGCGCGUACUAAGCAGACUGCACGGAAGUCGACCGGUGGCAAGGCGCCGCGUAAACAGUUGGCCACCAAAGCGGCCCGCAAGAGCGCGCCGGCCACGGGUGGCGUGAAGAAGCCGCAUCGCUAUCGUCCGGGUACCGUGGCGCUGCGCGAAAUCCGCCGCUACCAGAAGUCUACUGAGCUGCUGAUCCGCAAACUGCCCUUCCAGCGCCUGGUGCGAGAGAUUGCACAAGAUUUCAAGACUGACCUGCGUUUCCAGAGCUCUGCGGUGAUGGCGCUGCAGGAAGCGAGUGAGGCAUACUUAGUGGGGCUCUUUGAAGACACCAAUCUGUGCGCUAUCCACGCUAAACGCGUGACCAUCAUGCCUAAAGAUAUCCAGCUGGCCCGCCGCAUUCGCGGGGAGCGGGCUUAAUGCGUACAGUCUUAAGCAUAACA